GUCCUAUCAUGCCUCGCAAAAAAAAAUCACAUCUCGCAUACAAAUUAUAGAGAGAGAGAGAGCGUUUCCGCAGUUGAUUUCACAAAUUAGGGUUUUUCUUUGUCUAUUUCACUCAGAUCCAAGUCGCGAUUCCAAUUCCAAUUCCAAUUCAUUCGAUUUAAUUUAUCGGAUCGCAACAACAAUACUGAUUCGAUCGAAGAAUUUCUCAUUUGUUCUUCCUCUAGUACUCUCCCUCUCUAUGCAUAUUUGUAGGUGUGGGCGUGCGUGCUUUUUUCUUCUUUCUUUUGGUUCGAUUUGGUUUUAAUUCUAUUAUGCAUUGUGUAUUCGAACCGUUGUACGGCUGAAGUUAGAUUAGAUUGAAGUGCGUUUGAAGAUUACGAUCAGAAUCGGUUGAAUUUCAGAAUUUGGUGUGUGAACAGGUUCAUGUGUUGUUUUUGAAUUCGGACUUUUUGCCUCCUUCUUUGGUUAAUAGAUCUUGAAAAUUGGCUCCGCAACGCCGAUCGCAGCGCCACAUGGGUGGCCAGAUGCAGCAGAGCAAUGCCGCUGCGACUGCUCUGUACGAUGGGUCCCUGCACAAUGCGGGUCCCACGAGCGACGCUGGAGAUGCGGUCACGGCUCGGUGGCUCCAGUCCAACGGUUUGCAGCAUCUGGCCUCACCCUUGGCCUCCACAGGAAUGGAUCAUCGUCUCCUACCCAGCCUCAUGCAGGGUUAUGGAGCACAAUCUGCUGAGGAGAAACAGAGGCUUUUCAAGUUAAUGAGAAUCAUCAAUUUUAAUGGCGAAUCUGGUUCAGAGCCAUACACUCCAACUGCACAAACUUCUGCUGGACCUACUGCCCCCGAUGCUUUUUAUUCUCCUGAGUUUAGGGGGGAUUUUGGAGCUGGGCUUUUGGAUCUCCAUGCUAUGGAUGACACGGAGCUUCUAUCUGAGCAUGUUAUUUCAGAACCUUUUGAGCCUUCGCCUUUCAUGCCUGCUGUCACAGAAGCAUUUGACAGUGACUUUGAUGUAAUGACCAGCCGCCAGCAAAGAGGGCAGGUGGAUGAUGAUGCACCAGUUGGAUUACCUACGAAUGGAAAAGAAAACAAUACCAAAGAAAACAAUGUGGCAAAGAUUAAAGUUGUGGUGCGUAAGAGACCUCUAAACAAGAAGGAAAUGUCUCGCAAGGAGGAUGACAUUGUGACUGUAUAUGAUGAUGCUAAUUUGGCUGUCCAUGAACCCAAGCUAAAGGUGGACUUGACUGCUUAUGUAGAGAAGCAUGAGUUCUGUUUUGAUGCUGUCCUAGAUGAGCAAGUCACGAACGAUGAGGUAUAUCGUGUUACUGUAGAGCCAAUUAUCCCCAUCAUUUUUCAGCGAACAAAAGCAACCUGUUUUGCGUAUGGUCAGACAGGGAGUGGUAAGACAUAUACGAUGCAACCAUUACCUCUUAGAGCUGCAGAAGACCUCAUCAGGAUAUUGCAUCAGCCAGCUUACCGUAAUCAGAGAUUCAAGUUGUGGCUUAGUUAUUUUGAGAUAUAUGGCGGGAAACUCUUCGAUCUUCUUAGUGAUAGGAAGAAACUUUGUAUGAGGGAAGACGGGCGGCAACAAGUUUGCAUUGUUGGACUACAAGAAUUUGAAGUUUCGGAUGUACAGAUUAUUAAAGAAUAUAUCGAGAGGGGUAAUGCAGCGAGAAGUACAGGGUCCACUGGUGCCAAUGAGGAAUCUUCAAGGUCACAUGCUAUACUACAACUUGCUAUUAAGAAGCACAAUGAGAUAAAAGACUCCAAGCGGAACAAUGAUGGAAACGAGUCCAAGAUUGGGAAGGUAGUUGGGAAGAUUUCUUUUAUUGAUCUUGCCGGUAGCGAAAGAGGUGCUGAUACAACUGAUAAUGACCGGCAAACACGGAUUGAAGGGGCUGAAAUUAACAAGAGUCUUUUGGCUCUGAAGGAAUGUAUUCGUGCUCUUGACAACGACCAGAUCCAUAUUCCCUUUCGUGGGAGCAAACUCACUGAGGUUCUUCGUGACUCCUUUGUUGGCAACUCCAGGACUGUCAUGAUCUCUUGCAUUUCUCCAAAUGCUGGUUCAUGUGAACACACUCUCAAUACGUUGAGAUAUGCUGACAGGGUUAAAAGUCUCUCCAAAAGCGGAAAUGGAAAAAAAGAACAGGUGGCUAGUUCAUUACCACCCAGUAAUAAAGAAUCUUCAUCAACUCCAUCUUUGCCUAUUUCUGCUGAUUUGGAUGACGUCAUUGAGCUACAGCAAGAAGUUAAAUUAGUGGAUACAGGUAGAAGGAUCAUAGAAAAGGAAAUUUUUUCUUGCAAUCCUUCAGCUGAUUUCGACAAACAAUCCUCUAGUUUUACAUCAAAUUAUACCAUCAAUAGACGGGAGGAAAGUGGGGUAAUUUCUGGUUCUAUGGAUAGGGAGAGGUUUGAUAUGAAGACUAAAUUUGGUGGUUCUACUCAAAAAAUGUCUACAUCAUCAUAUUCCCAAUACCCAGUUGAUACAGAAGAGAAGGUGCAGAAGGUAUCUCCACCUCGAAGAAAAGCUUAUAGGGAUGAAAAAUAUGAAAAGCUGGGUAAUGUUUUGAAAAAAGAUGGCGGCAGCUCUGAUCUCACCACCACAAGUUCUAAACAGAGAACUACAAGUAUUUCUAACACAACCAACAUUGGACCAACACAAUAUGAACCUGAGCCCCCAAAUAAUGGCAACAUCAAUGAAAUUCUUGAGGAAGAAGAGGCCCUAAUUGCAGCCCAUAGAAAAGAAAUUGAAGACACGAUGGAGAUUGUUCGUGAAGAAAUGAAGCUGUUGGCGGAAAUUGAUCAACCAGGCAGCCUCAUUGACAACUACGUGACCCAGUUGAGUUUUGUGCUCUCACGGAAAGCAGCAAGUCUGGUCAGCCUCCAAGCCCGCCUUGCCAGGUUCCAACAUCGACUAAAAGAACAGGAGAUAUUGAGUAGGAAAAGGGUGCCCCGUUGAGGCUAUACCUUCCCCAGUCUAUGCAACUAAGACACCCCUUCCUGCACUUUACAAAGCAGUAAGCAUGUUCAGGUGAUUUGGGGACAACCAAGGUGCGUGCUUCAUUGCCUGCUUGUGAAUUGAAGAGCUAAUGUGGCUCAUACCUGGACUGAAGGCUUAACAAGUAUGGCAAUGAUUUACCAGUAUAGGUGGUGUGCAAUCAAAUGUGUUAUUUGGGAUGAAUCUGAUGUGUUCUUGCCUGAGUUCUAAUGGGUUUGUAGAGCUCCAGCUAUCUGAUAGUGACUCGAAUGAUCUUAAGAGAGACUGAUUUUUAAGAACAAAACUCAAAACAGACAGACACCAUUGUUUCUGUUAAUGGUUUUAUGUACUUACCAAAGCCUUUUGUGUUUCAUAUUGAAUGUAAAUCUCUGUAUCUCAGAUUUCUUGAGCACCUCUCAUUUCCACGGUUGAG